UAAGAAUCGCGGAUUAUACAAAAGAAUUUAGGAACCCAGAUCAGUCUCUUCACACUCCAUCACAGUAGGGGGCGAUAUGCACCUCGUUUCGCAACUCGCCAUAAGAAGAAGACGUUUAAAGUUUACGUCUCGCGUAUCCUCCGAUCUGCAUCUCAAACUCAAAGACACCAUCUUCAAAUCAUCAGAGAAACUCACACAACGAGAGAGAGAGAGAGUACCAAACUCAGCUGAACAACUCGCACACACCAGGUCAGACUGGAAAGAUCCGACUGCAUCUCUUGACUUCUUGCCUUUAUUCUUCAUAUUUUGGGUCUGUUUCAGAAUUAAACAGGUCUGAUGGAGGAGACACGCCGUCAUGUUAAAACAGAAGAGAAAACUGGCUCACUACACAGAAAAGAGGAAACCUGUUUGACCUGCACUCAGUGUGGAAAGAGUCUGAGAUGCCAACAGAGUCUCAAGAAUCACAUGAUGAUCCACACUGGAGAGAAACCGUUCACAUGUGAUCAAUGCAGCAAAACAUUUUUGAGAGCUUCACAUCUGAAGAUCCAUCUUCGAGUUCACACAAAGGAGAAACCUUAUUCCUGUUCAUUGUGUGAAAAGAGAUUUACAUGUCAGUCAAGUUUAGAAACCCAUCAGAAGAUCCACACUGGUGUUAGAGAGUUUAUGUGCUUUGAGUGUGAGAAGACUUUUAUUACAGCUAGACAACUGAAAAGGCAUCAGAGAAACCACACUGGAGAGAAACGGUUCACAUGUGUUCAGUGCGGGACGAGUUUUAGACAUUCAUCAGACCUUAAUAAACACAUGUUGAUCCACACCGGAGACAAAACACACAAAUGUGAUCAAUGCGGCAAAACGUUUUUGAGGGCUUCAGAUCUGAAGGUCCAUUUUAGAGUUCACACAAAGGAGAAACCUUAUUCAUGUUCCUGGUGUGAAAAGAGAUUUACAUGUCAGUCAAGUUUAAAAGCACAUGAGAAGAUCCACACUGGUGUGAGAGAGUUUAUGUGCUUUGAGUGUGAGAAGACUUUUAUUACAGCUGAACAACUGAAACGGCACCAGAGGAUCCACACUGGAGAGAAACCGUAUGUCUGUUCACACUGUGGCAAGAGAUUCAGUCUGUUAGGAAACCUGAAUACGCAUCAGAGGAUCCACACUGGAGAGAAACCGUAUGUGUGUUCACACUGCGACAAGAGAUUCAGUCUGUUAGGAAACCUGAAAAAACAUGAGAGGAUCCACACUGGAGAGAAAACACACACAAAUGUCACACAAAUAUGAUCAAUGCGGCAAAACAUUUUUGAGGGCUUUAUAUCUGAAGAGCCAUCUUAAGGAGGUCGCAUACCAGAUGCGUUGCGCCAUGCAUUUUAGAAUUUUAAACAUAGGUUUCUAUCAGGGUAAACACACCGGCACCGCAAGUCGGCGGCUGUCCACAGCGCCUAGUCAUGACUCGUGACACUUUUCAUAUUCCCGCCACGCCACAGAGCGCCAUCUGAAUAGUUUCCUAUUAAAUAACAUUAGAAAGUGCGUGACUGGUGUGCGAAUAAAGACACUAUAUUUCCAACUGUCAUGUGCAUGGCGCAUCCGGUGCGACGCCCUUUAGAGUCCAUACAAUGUUAGACUUUGCCACAAUUUUACUGUAACUUACUGCAAAAACGGCAGAAAAAUACUGCUAGCAUUCUGUACAGUACACUACUGCAAUGUGCAAGGCAUUAUGGGUAUUUUUAUUACUUUACAGUAUCUUACUGUAUAUUAGGGAUUUGCGGUAUUCUACUGUAAGUAAAAGCAGUACUGCUACUGUAAAAAGAUGGUAGACUUUUGAAUGUUAAUCAGUGUUGUUUUUUAUUCCACGGGUUAACGUUGUGACCUGUAGCAUAUAUUAUGCAUGUCCUAAAAUGGUGGUGUCAGGAUAUUUUACUCAACCAAAUGUAGGCAUGGGACGAUAAUGGUUUUCAAGGUAUACUGCAGGUUGGAAAAGUCAAGGUUUUAAUACCGCCAACAUUUUCUGUAAUACCGUUCCUAAGGUAUGUGUAAGAUUUUAUUUAUUUACACUUUUUUUUUUUUUUUUUUUAGGACAACAGUAUCUCCAGCAGAAAAGAUAUCCAAAGAGGCCAUUUUAAAUCGUAAAUACAUCAAUGUUUUUGUAACUAAUGAAGACAGAAGUCAAUGAUUAAUUUCCAUUAUUUAGCCUGACAUGUUUACUGCUCCAAAAUAUUUUAAAUGUUUCUCAGAAUAGAAUAUAUUGUGUUCAAAGGGGGGAAAACGUUUUGUUGUUUACACAGACAUUUUAAAAGAAUAUAUUUUAGAGCAGUAAUCACAAUACCGUGAUAUUUUUAAUCAAAGUUAUCAUACCGUCAGAAUCUUAUACCGGCCCAUGCCUAACCAUAUGUAUAUUCUACCAAUGAUCAAAAACUACUAUGAGGACAUGGUCAGCAACAAUACUCAGGUAGGCUGUGGCAUCCACACAAUGCUUAAUUGGUACUAAUGGGCACAAAGUGUGCCAACAAAAUAUCCCCCACACCAUUACACCACCACCAGCAGCCUGAACCGUUGAUAAAAGGCAGGAUGGAUCCAUGCUUUCAUUGUUGACGCCAAAUUCUGACCCGACCAUCCGAAUGUAGCAGCAGAAAUGGAGACUCAUCAGACCAGGCAACGUUUCUCCAAUCUUCUAUUGUCCAGUUUUGGUGAGCCUGUGUGAAUUGUAGCCUCAGUUUCCUGUUCAUAGCUGACAGAAGUGCGGCCCAGUGUGGUCUUCUGCUACUGUAGUCCAACUGCCUCGGGGUUAGAUGUGUUGUGCAUUCAGAGAUGCUCUUUUGCAUACCUUGGUUGUAGCGAGUGCUUAAUUGAGUUACUUUUGGAACAUUUGGUUAUUAGCUGGAACCAUUCUGGCCAUUCUCCUCUGACCUGUGGCAUCAACAAGGCAUUUGAACAGCCGCUUACAAUUACAGCUAUUCCUGUUUGCUUUUUGUCAUAUCGGAGUGAUACAAACACAAGUGUCUUUUUAAAAAUUUCCUGACAUUAAAGUAUAAUUCAAAUCCCAGUGAUUUUGAGACCCACCGUACUGAUAUUAAAAAACUGAGCUAGUAUUUGAAAGAAUCCCUUGCAUAAUGUGGAAUAUUAUAA